GUGUGUGUGUGUGUGUGUGUAUGCGUGCGUGCGUGUGAGAGAGGGAGAAGGAGCGCAAGGAACAAUCGUAGGAUCCAGUUCAUCUCGGUCGGAGCGCAAGGAUUUAAAGGGCAAGUCUUCCUGGCGCAGAGACUUCAUGGAUGUUUCCGUUGCAUGAAUAAUUUGCAUAGAGAUAAAGAGAUAUAUAUAUUGUCUGGCUGGAUCAGGAUGGAGGUGUUCCCCCUGAAAGGAUUACUUUGGGGUUGGUUACAGAGUUGCAGCGUGCACGCGCCUGUACCGAUCUGAAACAGAGUAUAUACUGUUUAUACAGUGUAACCGAGGUUCGGCUGAUCAAGAGUGUGUUCAUCCUGUGAUGUGAAUCUUAACGGGCUGUGCAGGAAUGCACCGGACUCAAGCAAGCCUUUAAAUCAACUUUUUCAUGUUUUGCAGACUUGGAUCUGCAUGCAUUAUUUAUUUUUUUAUUUACUUUAUUUUUUUUUAUUCUAAUUGGCAUUGAUGCGCCGUGACAGCGCCGCCGCUUUUUUGCUGCAAAACUGCCCUAGUCUAAUGUUGUGUUCCGGCCAGGAGGAAUGCGCCCGCGGCUGUGCGUCUAGGCUUGUGCACGGCGCUCACCGAGCCUUGAUGUCGGACAACGAGCAGGAGCAUCGUCGGGAUCGGGAGCAGACGUAGGACGCAGUCCCGCACACAUAGAUAUAUAUAUAUUUAUAUAUACAUACAGACGCCUUGGGAAAGGAAAAAAGCGCGCAUGAGAAACGGUUAAGGUGUCGUAUGUUCAGGACGAGACGCGGCGCUCUGGUUCGGCGACUCUGGAGAAGCCGUUUGAUCGCGGACGGAGAGGAGGCCGAUGGAGGCAGCAAGAGCUGCGAGGAUCCGGAGAACAUUUCCCGAACGGAGCCUACGCCUGUGGGAAACUCCGGGGGAUCAAGCGACACCCUGGCUUUGGUGGAAAGUGUAGGAUCUGAGCUUGUUGUAGAACAAGCAGGCAUCCAAGUGGACAUGUGCGUCCAGGAGCAGCGUGGACUCCCUCCAUCGGAGGAGGAGGAGAGCGAAGGCAGGACAGUGACCUGCUGUUGGUUCAAAGACCUCCAUCGAAGCAAAAGUGACCUUUCUGAUUCCUGGCAGGUUCGAGACCAUGGUGUUAGUGCUGCUGCAGAUUCGAGAACUCGUAGGACAUUACUGGAGCAAGAACUUCACAGGUGUGCCUAUGCGCUCCUGAAAAGUUUUAAGGAGAAACCCCUGGGCGUCUUAUUGGAGUCUGUGGAGUCUAAAGGUGCUGUCAUGGCUGGAUGUGUUGCAGCUCCUCAGGCCGAGCUGCAUGUCGGAGGUCGUGCGGUGUCUCCUCAAUACCUGCUGUGUAGGUUUUUCCGUUGGCCUGACCUGCAGCUCUCAUCCCCGCUCAAAGCUCUGUGCUGCUGUCAGAGUUUCAGGGCGCCAGGUGGCGAGGCUCCAUGCUGCAACCCCUAUCAUUACAGCCGCCUUUGUGGACCAGAUUCGCCACCCCCUCCCUACUCACAGCUCUCUCCCAAACUAGGACAGGAGUCUCUGGUUCCUAUACACCCGGUGUUGCCUUAUACUGAGAUUGAGGCGACUGGGUCACUAAGCAGCACAACCAGGGGUCACUCAGACACCAGCUCGUCUCCCUCCUCACUCGGACGUAAACACUGGUGUAACGUGGCGUACUGGGAGCACCGGAUGCGUGUGGGUCGCCUGUAUCCGGUGUACGACUCCUCCCUCAGCAUCUUUUAUGACCUACCUCAGGGCACAGGCCUAUGCCUGGGCCUGCUGCCCAACAUGGGCCGUGGCAGCUCAUCGGUUCAGCGUGCACGCGCCAAGAUCGGCCAUGGUAUCCUACUAAGCCGAGAGGCUGAUGGUGUGUGGGCGUACAACCGCAGCCAGCACCCCAUCUUCAUCAACUCGCCCACUCUGGAGCACCCUCGCUGCCGCAGCCCCACCGUCACACGGGUGAUGCCAGACUACUCGGUUAAGAUUUUUGACUACGAGAAGUCAUGCCAAAUCGGCCACCUGGCACACACGGAAGGGCCGUACGAUCCAAACAGCGUGAGGAUCAGCUUUGCUAAGGGCUGGGGACCAUGCUACUCAAGACAGUUUGUCACAUCAUGUCCAUGCUGGCUGGAGAUUUUGCUUAAUAACCACAGAUAGCAUACACACGUGCACACACACACACACACACACACAAACACAGUGGCAACUUACUUAGUCUUACUUAUUUCUCUCUCUCUCUCUCUUUCUCUCUCUCUCUCUCUCUCUCUCUUUCUCUCUCUGUCACACACACACACACACACACACACACACACAAAACACACACACAGGCACAUAAAUACAUUCACACUCCCGAUCCCGAAACGUAAUCUAUUUAGAUUUAAUAUAAAGUUUUAUAUAUACAUAUUAUAUAAAGGACAUCAUACUUGUAAAUAAUGAGUCCUUUUUACAGUGUAAUUAUUUAUGUACGGUGCAAUGUGUAUAUGGACGUGAAGAAAACAAGAUGAUCAGGUGAUGCACUUUGGAUUCUAUAUGCUUCCAUGGAAUCUUUGCCAUUUUUACUAACGGAUGUGUACAGAAACCCUGGUUUUGGUGUAUAGUUUUCAUAUACGAUCAAUACCCAAAAAAAAACAAAAAGUACAAUGGACACAUUGAUAAUAAAGUAUUCCUCAGAUAA